AUGCCUUGGGAACCCCCAAGCUUUGCCUUUUGGGUCUUCUUAGAAUUAAAGUGGUGCGGAGCCUCGCAUGGAUGGCUCGUUGCGUCAGAUGAACUCUCCAACCUUGUGCUCUACCACCCCUUCAACUUCGCCACGAUCCCUCUCCCGCCUAUUACCGAUUUAGAGUGCGUCAAGGGAGUCUACGACAGUGAUGGAAGCAUCGUGGGCUAUCGUUAUGGAAAACGCCAUGAAUAUGAGCCUAAUCAGCCCGGGGCACAAGGCCUCGGCACAUGGUUCUACCAGAAGGUGGUCUUGUCAUGCAAUCCAUCUCGCGGUGGUGACUACACUGCCGUGGCCAUCCACUACUACGAUGGUAACUGGAUUUCCUUCACAAGAGCAAGAGAGAGCCGUUGGCGACUCGCCGCAGCUCCGGCCGACCGGAGCGAUGACCGGUACGCCGAUUGCGUCUACCACGACGGGAGAUUCUACACGGUGACAUUGCAUGGGGUGCUCGAGGCAUGGGACCUCUGCGGUCCACAAGAACCAAGCAAAGAGGUGAUCAUCAACGGGGACAGGAGAUACAGGGGGAUUCAUACCAGGUUUCUGGUGUCCACGCCCUGCGGCGGCCUCUUGCAGAUACGGACUCUUGAACGCAUUCGUCGUCCCGGAAAAAUCGAGGUGGAGGUGCUUCAAGUCGACGUCCAAGAAUGCAAACUGGUCAGCUUGUCUUCUUCAACGGCCUUGCGGGAUCACGCGGUGUUUGUCGGGCUGAAUCAUUCGGCUUGUCUGCCUGUCAGGGAGUUUCCGGAGCUCAGGCCCAACUGUGUCUACUUCACCACACCUCGGCUGAUACACCAUGACAAUUUCGGUCUUCCGGGCUGGAGAGGUGUGGGGAUUUACGACUUGGAAAAUCAUACGUUUGAGUACGUUUUCCCCAGCUUUGGACCGGACUAUGGUGGAUUGUGGCCCUCUGAACUUUGGUACGUUCCGAAUCGUUGA